GGGCGGCCAGCCGGCGCAGCGCCCAGCAACGCGGCGAGUCGCUCGGACGCCGGCUAGGGGCCACUACGUCCGCGGCCUCCCCGGACCCCGGGGAAGUUCGGGGUCAGAAAGCGGAGGUGCCGGGCGGCGGGCGCCAUGGAGACUCGCGGGGAGCUGGACCCGGCCCGGGAAUCGGCGGGGGGCGACCUGCUGUUGGCGCUGCUCGCGCGGAGGGCUGACCUGCGCCGAGAGAUACCCCUGUGUGCCGGCUGUGACCAGCACAUCCUGGACCGCUUCAUCCUGAAGGCUCUGGACCGACACUGGCACAGCAAGUGCCUCAAGUGCAGUGACUGUCACACACCGCUGGCCGAGCGCUGCUUUAGUCGGGGGGACAGUGUCUACUGCAAGGACGACUUCUUCAAGCGAUUCGGGACCAAGUGCGCCGCGUGCCAGCUGGGCAUCCCACCCACGCAGGUGGUGCGCCGCGCCCAGGACUUCGUAUACCACCUGCACUGCUUCGCCUGCGUGGUGUGCAAGCGGCAGCUGGCCACAGGCGACGAGUUCUACCUCAUGGAAGACAGCCGGCUGGUGUGCAAGGCGGACUACGAGACAGCCAAGCAGCGAGAGGCCGAGGCCACCGCCAAGCGGCCGCGCACAACCAUCACCGCCAAGCAGCUGGAGACGCUGAAGAGCGCCUACAACACCUCUCCCAAGCCCGCGCGCCACGUGCGCGAGCAGCUUUCUUCCGAGACCGGCCUGGACAUGCGUGUCGUGCAGGUUUGGUUCCAGAACCGCCGGGCCAAGGAAAAGAGGCUAAAAAAGGACGCAGGCCGGCAGCGCUGGGGCCAGUAUUUCCGCAACAUGAAGCGCUCCCGCGGCAGCUCCAAGUCGGACAAGGACAGCAUCCAGGAGGGGCAGGACAGCGACGCCGAGGUCUCCUUCACCGAUGAGCCCUCCAUGGCUGAAAUGGGCCCCGCCAAUGGCCUGUACAGCAGCCUAGGAGAGCCUGCCCCUGCCUUGGGCCGGCCCUCAGGAGCCCUGGGCAGCUUUGCACUGGAGCAUGGAGGCCUGGCGGGCCCGGAGCAGUACCAAGAGUUGCGAGAGUUGCGCCCCAGCAGCCCCUAUGGCAUCCCCCCGUCCCCGGCUGCCCCGCAGAGCCUCCCAGGCCCCCAGCCCCUCCUCUCCAGCUUGGUGUAUCCAGAUACCAGCUUGGGCCUUGUGCCCUCAGGAGCCCCAGGAGGCCCUCCUCCCAUAAGGGUGCUGGCAGGGAACGGACCCAGCUCUGACCUGUCCACCGGGAGCAGCGGGGGUUACCCUGACUUCCCUGCUAGUCCUGCUUCCUGGCUGGAUGAGGUGGACCAUGCUCAGUUCUGA